AUGUCCGAAUACAAAAUCUCGUACAAUCCCGAGCUGGAUACGUACCAACUCUACCACCGCUACGAAGAAACUCCUCCCAGGGAAGAUUGGAAAACCGCUGCCCUUCGCGGCCCUGCUCUCCCCGCGCUGGGGAACGCCGUUGCCGGUGCCGUCGGGGCUGCGGUCUCCAACCUCGCCACUUACCCGCUCAGUCUGAUCAUCGCGCGAUUGCAGACGCAGAGUCAACGGAAGAAGGACAAGGGGAAGGGGAAAGCUGAGGGCGAUGACGAUACUGAGGAUGAUGCGGAAGAAUACACUGAUUUUGUCGAUGCCGCUCGCAAGAUCUACGCCCGGGAAGGGCUGGGGACUUUCUACACCGGUUUGGCGCAGGAUACGGUGAAGACGGUCGCGGACUCGUUUCUCUUCUUCCUGGCGUAUGAGUUCUUUCGACAGCGGAGGAUCAAUGCGCGGUUUGGUGCGAAUAGGCGGACUAAGCAUAUGGUGCUUCCCGUGCUGGAUGAGUUAGCGGUGGGCGUGCUGGCGGGCGCCUUCGCCAAGCUGUUCACGACGCCGUUGGCGAACAUUGUGGCGCGGAAGCAGACGUCGCAGGCGUCGAUGCGCACUAGAGAUAUCGCGGCGAAUAUCAAGGCGGAGAAGGGGCUGAGGGGGUUCUGGUCGGGGUAUUCGGCGUCGCUGAUUUUGACCCUGAAUCCCUCGAUUACGUUUUUCUUGAAUGAGGUGCUCAAGUACGGCUUCCUUCGUCGUGUCCAGCGGGGUGGUCGCUCCUCGUCGGCCAUUAUUACGUUCCUGUUGGCUGCGAUUAGCAAGUCGGCCGCGUCGACGGUCACCUAUCCGUUCUCUAUGGCUAAGACCCGAGCCCAGGUGACGGGGUCCAGUCUGUCGAGUGCUGGGAAGGGUGCGGACAGUGGUGAGAAGGAUGAUGCCGACGAGGGAAUCUCCUUGACGCCGGCGAUUAUCUCGAACGUGAUUGCGAUGGCGCGAACAGACGGGGUCUCUGCACUCUACGCCGGCCUGUCUGGAGAGAUCCUCAAGGGAUUCUUCUCUCAUGGGUUCACCAUGCUAGCUAAAGACGCCGUUUAUUCUGCCAUUGUCCAGAGCUACUAUCUCCUUCUGGUAGUCCUGAGGAGAUACCCGACGCCCGAGGAACUCAUCGAACGCGCGCGCGAACAGGCCGAGGAGUGGGCGGAUGCAGCCCGAGAAGGCGCCCGAGAUCUCGCUGACAAGGCGCGACAGGACGCCGGCGGGAUCCUGGGCAGUCAUACGGGCAACGUGGCGGUCGAGAUGACAUCGACCAGCGGACCUGGCGGUGUGGACUUCUGGUCGGAUUCCAACGAGACGGCGGAGAUGGUGGGCGACUACGUUGAAGACGAGGCUGCCGAGUGGAGGAGUCUGUACCAUUGGUUUUGGGAGAAGGAGAAAUUCGGCAAAGAGUAG